AUCUGGGUAAGAUUGCGUAGAAGUUUCAAUAAAGUGAUAAAGGCUGCAGAGAACUUAGCAUGGCACAGAACAUAUACAGCAUCCAAAAAAUGUGAGCUGUUCUGGCUUUUCUCCUUCCAGCCACUUCUCUUGCUUUUCCUGUGACCCCAGGCCAUACAUUAUGGGGUAGAAGUAGUCAAGGCCUACAGUGAGGCUAACUGAAGAAGUAUAUUUUGAGUUCUGGGGCUUACCAUGGGUUUAUUUAGUUUUUAUAUUUAUACCUUAUAUGCAGAGAUGACUGACUUGGAGUAGGAACAGAGUUUGGGAAAUGGGAGGAGCAAAGGAGCUAUAAGCUAUAAGCUGGGAGGGAAUACAGGGAGCAUCUUUGCCCCCUGAAAGGAAUGCACCUAAGAAAGAACAACACUUAGAAGGACAACACUGGGCAAUCUAGCGUAUUCCUGGCAGUUUUGGGAGAUGGACCAGCAGCAGGGAUUAGCAAGCCCAUAUUGAGAAGGAGAAAAUCAGGGCUUCGGGGGGUAAUGUGAUACAUUUAGUCUUCCAGCCUAGAUCUCGAGACUGUAGGCAGAAGAGAAAGAUUGAGACUUUAUCUUGCCUCCCUAACCCACAUAUUGAGGAGAAACCUGGGACCAGAGCAGGGAAGACACUUGGCCAAAGUCACACAAUGAAUUUGAGGCAGAAUGAGGACCACCACCUGAGCCUACUGACUGUCAGUCCCAAGCUCCACGAUCACAUUUCAUAGGGACCUAGCUAGGACAGAGAUGUCUUCCCACCACCCACCAUCUGUCCCAAGGUUCUUUCCCCCUUUCCGUCUGCUUCUCAGUUUAAAGGAGAUGGCUCCUCCAUGUCCAUUGUCACAUAGGGCUUGACACAUAGGAAGUGCUCAGUAAACAUUUGCCCUGUAAAGAUACAAGUGAAUACAGCAACUUGGCAACAUGGCAACAUUCCUGUAAGGAUACAGAUGAGCACACACCCUCAGACUCAGCAAGACCCCAGAGAAAUGUUCACAUCUACGUUCACCAGGAGAUGUUCACAAGGAGGUUCAAAGAGGGAGUGAAGGAUGGCAGCACGCCGUGCGUUAAAAGCUGUUUUGGUAGAUCUCAAUGGCACACUUCACAUUGAAGAUGCAGCUGUGCCAGGCGCACAGGAAGCUCUUAAAAGGUUACGUGGUUCUUCUGUAAUGGUUAGGUUUGUGACCAAUACAACCAAAGAGAGCAAGAGAGACUUACUGGAAAGGUUGAAAAAGUUGGAGUUUGAUAUCUCUGAAGAUGAGAUAUUUACUUCUCUGACUGCAGCCAGAAAUUUAGUAGAGCAGAAACAAGUCCGGCCCAUGCUGCUAGUUGACGAUCGGGCACUACCUGAUUUCAAAGGAAUACAAACAAGUGAUCCUAAUGCUGUGGUCAUAGGAUUGGCACCAGAACAUUUUCAUUAUCAAACUCUGAAUCAAGCAUUCCGGUUACUCCUGGAUGGGGCACCUCUGAUAGCAAUCCACAAAGCCAGGUAUUACAAGAGGAAAGAUGGCUUAGCCCUGGGGCCCGGACCAUUUGUGACUGCUUUGGAGUAUGCCACAGAUACCAAAGCCACAGUAGUAGGAAAACCAGAGAAAACAUUCUUUUUGGAAGCACUGCGGGACACUGGCUGUGAACCUGAGGAGGCCGUCAUGAUAGGAGACGAUUGCAGGGAUGAUGUUGGUGGGGCUCAGAAUGUUGGCAUGCUGGGCAUCUUAGUAAAAACUGGAAAAUACCGAGCAGCAGAUGAAGAAAAAAUUAGUCCACCUCCUUACUUAACGUGUGAGAGUUUCCCUCAUGCUGUGGACCACAUUCUGCAGCAUCUACUGUGAACCAUUGCGUGAAUCAGAAGCAACUUGAAAUGCAGCUUUUCAUCGUCUGGAAUGAAUUCCUUACCAAUUCAGUGCCAGCACAGGCAGACACAGCCCCCAACGCUGAGAUGUGUAACCCUCUUGUAUUGUGCACUAAUUAGAAAGAAAGGUAUUGAAUUACAGCUAGCCACUAAGCCUUGCUUAUCUCUUUUGUUGUAUUUUGUAAAAGAAGAUGAGACCUGAAGAAAAGGAAAACUGAGAUUUUAUGCCUUGCCUUUUAAAAUAUUCAUCAGAUUAGGCAGGGCUGGGAGGGAGAAGCUACUGCAGGGAGUCGAGUUCUGGGCUGUCUCCUCACUGCUAAAUUGGGAGGGUGGGUUCAGAUUGUGAAUGAAGUUGAAAGAUGCAUUACACUACAGUUUUAAUAUUCAGUUCAGCUGUGAAACCCAUCAAAAGUGCCAAGUGGAGUACAAGUCAGAAGAAGCAAAAUAAAUUGUCCUUUAGCCCAAGUGAUUGAAUGAAUUUGCUUUAACGGAUGUUGAAAACUAGAUUAUCUGGAGUAUUAUUCCCAGCACGGAUGACUUCUUUUUCUCUUCAUUAGCCAGAGAUGACUAAUUUAAAUUUAGAACCUGAUUUUAAUUUAAAAUAAUAUUUCCAUUAAUAACCUAUUCAUUGCAGAUACCUAUUAUAGUGUGUAACAGUUGUUUUGGAAAUUUUAUGUAAAAUUAAAACUAUCAGUAUUUUACAGAUGUUUUAAUUAGACAUUGUUAUUAACAGGAACAGUGCAGAAACUAAAAUCAAGCCUUUAAUGUCUUAUAGACCAUGCAUUUUUGAAGUUAGUGUCCACAAGGGUCCUAUUUACUGUACAUUUGCAAGAUUUCAUUAUUUUUGCCUCUGACACUAUGGGAAAAAUCUUUUAGAAGCUAUUGGGACAGAUUCAGGCUUUUAUGUACUUGGUUACUACAGCUGUAAAAUGAAAUCUCGUCUGGUAGCAUGGAUUAUUCUUCUCAUGUUAAACCCACCAAAAUGAAGGGGACUAAGUAGGUAAUGAUUUUCCUAGUGCAUUUGCAUACUGUGAUAAUCCUGGGCCUUUGCAAUUGUGUUACAGGACUCUUGGGCAUUGAAUUAUUAGCAUGUAAUUGUACAUCAUUGUAGUGUUCACCUUAUUGAAGCACACACUGAUGUUAAUGAGCUUUGGGUUUUGAUUCUUGUUUAGAUAUCAGCUUGGUCUUAGAUGGGAGGGAGCAAAGCUAAAUAAAUGGCAGCUCCUCUCCUCGUC